CAUCCUCCUAAUUCCAUUACAAUGUUCAUAUCCACUUCAACCUUAACUCUCACCAAAUCCCUUUGCAAAAAUGGAGGUCGCCAUGUCUCUCAACGCUCUGGUUCGGAUUCCCCUUUCGAAUUCCAAGCUACAGGAAGAUGGGCUUGUCCGGCACUCCCUCUUUUCGGCGAGGACGAUGCAGAAGCCUGAGCAGAGGCACCGCCACACUCUCGUCGUCGAAGCCAAAGGCAAAAAAGGGAUGCAAGCUCGUCAGUCUCAAAGGCCUGCGCCUCCACCGCUGCCCAAGAUUGAAGACGACGGCAACCCUAAAUUUGUUAUCUUCAUCCGUAUGGCCAAUGUUUAUUUGUGGUACCCGCUGAGUCUUAUAAAUGGUGGCACAACCGCCAAAAUCAUGGUUGCAGCUAAAGAUAAUUUUCUUGGAAAAUAUAUCUACAAAGAUACUUUGGCUAGGAACCUUGCUGCUGUUAUUUACCGUGAUGAAAAGGAGAUACAAAAGACAGCAUUCAAACAGUUCCGCGUGUUGCGGACAGCAACAGAGUUCAGAUAUGGCUACAAGCUUGUUGAAAAUGGCAAUUUGAGAUCUGCACUUUCUACCACAGAUGUAAUCGAGCUUCCAACUCAAGAUCAGCUGAAGACAGUUCUCGAUAAAGUUAAAGACUUCUUUGGAGAUGCAAAGGAAUCAUUUGGCAAACUCACUGCACUAGGCUCACCUGAAGGCGAGGAAUCAGAUGAGGAGUCUAAUGAGAAGGCCAAGGUUAAAACUUGAGAGUGAAGUGGUCGUUUUACUGGAAAAGUACAGCAGCACGAAGAACAUUUAAACUCGAGAGCUUUAAAAGGUACAUAGAAGGGUGGACUAGCAAGGUUUUUUUGGUAUCCAAAAUGUGCGUAGGUGAAAAAUUAGGGAGUUUUAUACGGUAUGUUUGAUGAAGAUGCGGCAGGGUAAUGUACACAAGUUUCAUGAUGAUUUUUUGUUCACAAAUCUUGUUUUCCUUGUCUGUUUUCUUACACAUUUGAAUGGGAAGACACUCUUCAUUCUUUCACAUAAUGCAAUGGCUUUGAUUUUAUUUUCCAA